ACCCCGCUUUUGGACACCGAAUCCACUCUGGAUUAUGGACACAGCCUGACUCAGGCAUCUCCAGAGAGGAUCUGGCGAGCGGGGAAGCUCCUCUUCAGCCACCUCAGCACCACCCGCCCCGGCCUCAUCCGGGACCACAAGCAUCACCUGCGGCAUCACAGGCAGUGCUGCUCCGGGAAGGAGCUGGUGGACUGGGUGCUGGGCGCUGGGCUCGCCGUGCAGACGCGCAGCCAGGCCGUGGGUGUCUGCCAGGUCCUGGUGGAUGGAGGGGUCCUGACGCACGUGAAGCAGGAGUGGCAUUUCCAGGACAAGGACUCCCAAUUUUACCGCUUUGCGGAGCUGGAGCUGAGCCCCGAGGCCGGUGCAGGACCGCGGGAUGCGGAGGAGCUGCUGGAGGCCUUGGCCUUCCUGGCCCAGCUGGGGCCUGACGCACUGCUCACCAUGGCCCUGCGCAAGCCGCCUGCCCAGCGCACAGAGGAUGAGCUGGAGCUGAUCUUUGAGGAGCUGCUGCACAUCAAAGCCGUGGCUCAUCUCUCCAAUUCGGUGAAGCGGGAGCUGGCAUCAGUGCUGAUGUUUGAGCCACACCAGCGAGUGGGCACCGUGUUGUUCAGCCAAGGGGAUAAGGGCACAUCGUGGUACAUCAUCUGGAAGGGCUCAGUCAACGUGGUCACCCAUGGCAAGGGCUUGGUGGCCACCCUGCACGAGGGGGACGAUUUUGGGCAGCUGGCACUGGUGAACGACGCGCCCCGGGCGGCCACCAUCAUCCUGCGCGAGGACAACUGCCACUUCCUCCGCGUGGACAAGCAGGACUUCAACCGCAUCCUCAAGGACGUGGAGGCCAACACCAUGCGGCUGAAGGAGCACGGGAAGGUGGUGCUGGUGCUGCAGAAGAACCUGCAGGGGGGCAGCAGCCAGGCGGCCACUGCACGCAGCAGCAGGUACUCAGUGGUGGCAGGGACACCGGAGAAGAUCCUGGAGCAUCUGCUGGAGUUCAUGAGGCUGGACGCCACCCUCUACGACCCCCUGGAUACGCUGCUAAAAAGGUGUUUCCUGCUGUCAUACACCGUGUUCAUGCCCACCUCGCAGCUCUGCAGGGCUCUGCUGCACCAUUUCCGCGCGGAGCCGCUGGAGGGCUCAGAGCAGGAGAAGGCCACCUACACCCUGCACAAGCGGCGCAAGAUCCUGCGCCUGGUGAGCCAGUGGGUGCUGCUCUACGGGCGCCUGCUGCAGGGUGACCGCAGCACCACAGCGCUGCUGCAGAACCUGGCUGAUUUGGCGAGCCAAGACCCCCGCCUGGGUGCGCUGGUGCAGGAGCAGGGGCAGGAGCGACGACGGCCCCGAACGGUGGAGAACGGCGAUGGCAGCGUCUCCCCCCAGCCCAAGGCUCAGAGCUCGGCCACUUGGCUACCAAGCCAUGAGGAAGCCACCGUGACCAGCAGCUGUGCCUUGAGAGCGCAGGACAAAG